UAUUUGAUAGUCUGGGAACUUAUUUCAAACACUGUGAAGAUCUGACUCAGGAAAUGCUGGGACGCAGUCCAGUGUGUUUAUCCUGACCCCUGUUCAACUUCUUCCUGCAGUCCACUCCAUGCUGGGAAUAGACAACUCUCCUCUGAGGCUGAGGCUAACCAGACUAUGCAGCACUCUCUUCUCUCCAAAAUUCUCUGGAACUGGGUUGAAUGGAUCGCAGCAGUUACCAUUGCUGCUGGGACAGCUGCAAUUGGUUAUCUAGCUUACAAAAGAUUUUAUGUUAAAGAUCAUCGUAACAAAUCUAUGGUAAACCCUCACAUCCAGAAAGACAACCCCAAGGUGGUACAUGCUUUUGAUAUGGAGGAUUUGGGAGAUAAAGCUGUGUACUGCCGUUGUUGGAGGUCCAAAAAGUUCCCACUCUGUGAUGGAUCUCACACAAAACACAAUGAAGAAACUGGAGACAACGUGGGACCUCUGAUCAUUAAGAAAAAAGACACUUAAAUGGAUGCUUGAUGCUGCAAACCUACUUGUCAUGAUGUUUUCUGAUUGUUUAAUUAGAGUGACUACAACCUCUGUCUAAUUCACCUCCGUUCUAGAUGUGGUAUAUUGCAAACUACAGCUUUCAUAUUCACGGCAUUUGCCUUACUUGUUGAACCAUCGUGGUGCGCAUUUGUUGAAACAAAAAAAAAAAAGGAAAAAGUAAAAGCCAAUCUUGCGGCCUGUGGGUUAUUUUGGUCUUGUAAGGAUCCGUUUCUUUACAUUUAAAAAUGACUUUAGAAUAUAGUUGUAUGGAGAAGUUAACAUAUUAAAUUAUUCUCAAAAUCGUGUAUGUGCAGAUUGUCCUUAUAUGUUUCAAAGAAAAAUUAUCACCAUUUAAUAUUACGUAGUUAACCUAGAAAGUAAAUUGGGUGUGAUUAAGCUCCGUUAAUCUCUUAAUAACAAUCUAGGAAAAAUCUAUUAUGACCUUGGUUUUAUUCUUGAUUGUGGUAAUGAAACUGAGAAAAUACGGCUUCUGUGUUUUCAAUGAAAAUGAACUUUGAAUGUUAAUUCUGCUUAAUUAUAAGUGGGCCAGGUCAAUAAUAAAGGGGCAGUAACUUCUUUGUAUUCACCUUCAUGGAUAUUUAAUUAAUCCAUUAAAGAAAUCAAUAGUAGAAAUUUAGAUCAAAGUGAUAAUGAGAUUUAAGUUGUCAUGAAGGAUGUCUUAAAAUGUAAUGUUCCAGAAUUCUAGCCAAGGAGUGGCAAACACUUGAACUGGGGACACUGAACGAAUUGGAGCACAUAAUGUCAAGUGUCUUGUAUGCAAAGCCACACAUCCUUGACGGAAAUAGUAGUCGUGAGGGUAGAUCAAAGGCAUGGGAAGAUUUUUCCUCAUUCUCAAUAAUCGGGCACGUGAUUAAUUCUAGUAAAGAAGCUAUUUUGGGGAGAAAAAUAAGAAUUGUAUAAUCUUAAAAACAAAAAUUUGAAGACACGUGUUUCUGUAAUCUUCAAAGAAACAUUCUUCAGACCAGAAACAUUGCAUUUCUUUUUUUUUUUUUUUUUUUUUAUUUUUUUGGGGGGUACACCAAGUUCAGUCAUCUGUUUUUAUACACAUAUCCCCGUAUUCCCUCCCUUCCUUGACUCCCCCCCAUCGAGUCCCUCCCACCUUCCCCGCCCCAGUCCUCUAAGGCAUCUUCCAUCCUCGAGUUGGACUCCCUUUGUUAUACAACAACUUCCCACUGACUAUCUAUUUUACAGUUGGUAGUAUAUAUAUAUGUCUGUGCUACUCUCUCGCUUCGUCUCAGUUUCCCCUUCACCCCCCGCAGAAACAUUGCAUUUCAUUGCUGAUUCAGAAAAAAAUAUGAAAACUGAAAAUAAUUAGGAGCAAUAAAAGAGUUAAGACAGGAGUAGUUAAUGUUUUUUUUUAAGAGAAAUUAGGUUUUUGGAUUUCAUGGGUUAGAAGGAAAAAUCAUGACAAAAUAUAUAGGUAAUGUAGCUGACAUAAUUUGAAAUUGUCAAAGGUAACAGGUAAACAUUCUCAUCAUUUCUUUGCAGACACUUGAAUUCUCAGUAGUAGUCAAUCACAUUUCUACUUGGUAGAAUCCAGAAUUACCUUGGAAGUAACAGAAAUCAGUGCAACCAAAACAUCAGUGUUCCUGUAUUAAGUAUGAUCAUUGAUAUUUUUUUCAUGUAUGGUUUUGUGUAUUAUGGUAGAUAAAGUUGAUCCCAAAAUUGUGUGUACAUUUU